AUGAAGAAGCAGAAUGUGCGGACCCUCUCUCUCAUCCUCUGCAUGUUUUCCUACCUGCUGGUGGGAGCCGCGGUGUUCGACGCGCUUGAAUCAGAGACGGAGAGCUCCCGCCGACGCAUCCUGGAGCUGAAGCGCACCGAGAUGAAGAAGAAAUACCGGUUGUCGGAGGACGACUACCGGCAGAUCGAGCAGGUGGUACUGCAAGCGGAGCCCCACCACGCCGGGAGACAGUGGAAAUUCGCCGGGUCUUUCUACUUUGCCAUCACGGUCAUCACCACCAUUGGUUAUGGCCAUGCAGCUCCAGGCACAGAUGCUGGGAAGGUCUUUUGCAUGUUCUAUGCUGUGCUGGGCAUCCCUCUUACCCUGGUCAUGUUCCAGAGCCUGGGCGAGAGGAUGAACACGUUCGUUCGCUACCUCCUGCGCAGGGCCAAGCAGUGCCUGGGGUUACGGAGGACUGAGGUAUCCAUGGAGAACAUGGUAUCAGUGGGCUUCCUGUCCUGCAUCGGCACUCUGUGUGUCGGGGCAGCAGCCUUCUCCCACUACGAGGGCUGGACCUUCUUCCACGCCUACUACUACUGCUUUAUCACGCUCACCACCAUUGGGUUUGGGGACUUUGUGGCCCUGCAGAAGAAGGAGGACCUCCAGGAGAAGACGCCCUAUGUGGCCUUCAGCUUCAUGUACAUCCUGGUGGGGUUGACAGUGAUCGGAGCCUUCCUCAACCUAGUAGUGCUGCGCUUCCUCACCAUGAACACAGAGGACGAGAGGAGGGACGCCCAGGAGAGGGCCUCCAUCAAAAGGGAGAGGGGCCUGCUUACCAUGAGGCUCCAUGGAGGAGAAGGAGGACCAGAGCAGGGCAGAGGAGAGCUUGGGGGCAGGGACAGGGGGAGGGACAGGAUGGGGCAGAGCCACAGUCACAGCAACCUUUUCCGGCCCAUGGAGGAGGGCACCAGCCGCACUAACCUCAUCACCUCCCCAGUGGAGGAGCAGGAGGAGAGGGACAGGGCCAGGGGUGCACCCUGCAAGCAGAGGCUGCACUUACAGCUGCAUGGCACAGGCAGACUAAAGACAGAGUCCCCCCUGGGCUCCCUGUGCUCCUGUAUGUGCUACCGUCUGGGGGUGUGUGACAGCCCCCUGCCUUCCCGCAGCGAGCACCACGGGUGUAACAUUAACUCUGUCUACUACAGCUCCGUCUCCUACAGGACCCAGGCCUGCUCCCCCAGGGACAACACAGGACUCUCGUCCCCAGGGAACACACUCUCGCCUCAGCACAGCUUCAAGGAGUACCCCCACUCCCGGAGGAAGUCAGUGUAGCACCACGUUGG